GUCCGAGCCGCUGCCUUUAUCCUACGUGACGGCCCAAGAGAUGCGCUGCCUCCUCCAUUGGCUGUCCAGCUGGACUCCGGCCCAACGGGAACGCUUCCUCCGAGACCUGGUGGACAAGGCCGUCCCCUGGAAGCUCCUCCCCCUGCUGGAGAGCCUCUCCGGGCUCCGCGUGGGACCUGAGAAGCCCCCGUCCAUCUACGAAUGCCAGAUGCGCCUCUGGGACCAGUGGUUUCGCAGCUGGUCGGAAACUGAACGCAACGAGUUUGUCCGGCAGAUGGAAGAGGAGAUGCCGGAGUUAGCCGGGCGGUUUUACCGAGAAGUGGCCGCCACCGCCGGACAAGACUAAAGCGGGCCGUGGCUUUCUUCCUUUCAAUCCCCCUUUUUUCCCCCUUCCACUUUGGGUCUUGAUUUUUCUGGAUGUCUUCAGCCAGCUGAGCCAAAAGGCCUUUCCGUGUUGCAACCCUAAAUAAUAUGAAAAUAAAAGAUUGUUUAGCAAAUAGAAUUCUCGAUUGAUGGACGAGAACGCUCGAUUGGCCACGGAUAAUCGGACGCACAUUUGUCUUCGGUGCACAGAAGCGCUCCGUGUACAUAAAUAAAAAACCCUCACGUUCAUCAAGAACUCUUAAAAUUCCACGCUUAGGGAUAGUCUCUCUAAAAAUAGUUGUGUGUGUCCCAGCAUAACUCUGGAGCAAUUUCAACCAAACUUGAUAAACAGAUGAUUUACUC